AUGUUCAAGUCUACAUUAUCUUCCGGUAACAAUGUCAGAUCAAUAUUAUCCUCAUCAAGAGGAUCUACAAUAUUAGUCAGCAGGUAUUCGUCAAUCAGACAGGUUUUAUUAUUCGGAGGUAUUGGUGAAUAUUAUGAUAAUGGAAGACCUAGAAUGACUCGGGAGUUUAGCUCCUCCCAUGGGAUACAUCACCCUUUGCCAAAAUACGACUCCCUGCGUCAUUAUCCACGUCAAAGAAAAAGAUCAAACUAUCGAGAGGAACGACAAAUCACCCCUCAGGGAGGAUAUCAAAUUGAAAAUAAUGUUUUGAAACACAAUAUAUAUCCUCCAAGUUACCGCAACUCACAAGAAACGGCUGCUGAAUCAUAUAUUACUGAUUCCUGUUAUCGAAUGAUGCAUGAACCGUUUGUUGCACUUCAGAGAACCAUCGAAUUCGCCAAUCUUUUCUUAGGAUUCGAACAAGCCAACCAAUAUAAACUUCUCAAUCCGCAAGGUCAAGAGAUUGGGUAUCUCAAGGAACGUGACUUUGGUAUUCGCAAAAUGAUUAUGCGUCAAGUGGCGGGGCUACAUAGACCGUUUGACGUUGAUUUGAUAGACUUAAAUGGCAAUGUGGUGAUGAAUUUUAAAAGAGGUUUCAGCUGGAUCAAUUCUCGGGUAAGGGUGAGAGUCCCUAAAGUACCAUUCAUUGAAGGAACAACCAAGAGUACCAAUGAUGAAGACUGGAUUAUAUUGGGAGAAUCAAUCCAACAAUGGCAUUUAUGGCAAAGAAAUUACAAUCUUUUCAGUUAUUCCCCUCAAAAUGAUGAAUUCACACAGUUUGGACGGAUCAAUGCUCCGUUUUUAUCAUAUGAUUUCACUGUCAGGGAUGAGCAAACCGAAGUGGUGUCAGCGAUCAACAGAACCUGGGGAGGUAUUGGAUUAGAAUUCUUCACUGAUGUAGCUACCUACAUUGUAAGAUUGAAUAGACAAGCAAUGGCAAAUGAUGAAAAUAUCAUGGGCGGUGAGAUGAUUAAACCAGGUGAAAUGACAUUGAGCGAAAGGGCCGUGGUAAUUGCUAAUACCAUCAGUGUUGAUUUUGAUUAUUUCAGUAGACACUCUAAAAAUAGUAACGGAGGAUUGAUUAGUUUUGGUGGCGGAGACUAA